AUGGCGUCUUCUUCGUUCUCACUCACGUCUCCAGCUGCUUCCGUCUAUGCAGUCACCCAAACCUCCGCACACUUCCCCCUUCCAAACCGCUCUCGUCUCCCUCGCCGAGUUUCUUUCCGUCUCUCCGCCAAGCCUAAGCUUCGUUUUCUCUCCAAGCCUAGUCGCAGUAGCUACCCUGUGGUGAAAGCCCAAUCCAACAAGGUUGGUAGUGGUGCAUCAUCAAAUGCUUCAGCUCCUGCAAAAAUCGAUGGGCCAUCAGCUGAAGGAAAGGAUAAAAACUCAUUGAAAGAAGACUCUUCUUCUUCUUCUUCUUCACCUGAUAUGGCUACAGAAGAGUCUAUCUCUGAGUUCCUUACCCAAGUAACAACUCUUGUCAAGCUUGUGGAUUCAAGAGACAUCGUCGAGUUGCAGUUGAAGCAACUCGACUGUGAGCUUGUCAUUCGGAAAAAGGAAGCUUUACCUCAACCACAAGCCCCAACACCAUAUGUUAUGAUGCAGCAACCAAACCAACCAUCUUAUGUCCAACAAAUGGCUCCUCCCUCUGCACCUGCUCCCUCACCAGCCCCUUCUGCUCCAGCCUCCCUGCCUCCACCAUCCCCACCUGCUCCAGCCAAAUCAUCGCUUCCUACUGUUAAGAGCCCCAUGGCAGGCACAUUCUACCGUAGUCCAGGACCUGGUGAACCACCCUUUAUCAAGGUUGGGGAUAAAGUGCAGAAGGGACAAGUUCUAUGCAUUGUUGAAGCCAUGAAGUUAAUGAAUGAAAUAGAGUCUGACCAAACAGGAACCGUUGUCGAUAUUGUCGCAGAAGAUGGCAAGCCUGUGAGCCUCGACACUCCCCUGUUUGUGGUUCAACCGUAG